AUGGGGAUAUCAGGGAGGAACAAUGUGCCCAGGCCACCCCGCAGUUCAUCGCUGCCCCAGGCACUAAACCGGGCCCCGGACAUUGACGACCACGGCGACAAAGCUGCUGUGCCGUCCAGCAGCAAUGCCUCGCCGGUGUCCACGCUGUUGCGAACUGGCCGUUUAAUAAAGAAUGGGCUGCGGGUCCUGUCGGAGUCCCAAUCCUUCAACGCCAGCUACAACCGUCGUCGCGAAGUGAUUAAUGACCUAUGUGCUGAUCUCGACAUCACCGAUAGCGACACGGAUGACAUUCAUGACGUUACAGACAUUGAUCACCAUUUGCAUUCAACACACUUAAUCGAUGGACCGUUAGGACAAACGUCCGAACCGGUUUCUUCAUCCUGCCACCGAGCUCUGGCCACCCCUGAGAUUCUUUACGAAAUUUUUGAGCAGCUUGAUGCACUAAACACCGUCCCGCAUGAAUUCAGUCAAAGACGACGCAAGCCAAUGUCUCUUAGGCAUGCCCAGCUUAUUUAUGGCGAUACUCAAAAGGCCGUCGACGUUUGGGAACACUCCCAAGGCAAGGCGCCAUGUACGAACGAGUAUGCUCCAGCAAUGGGCCUAUACAACUGUUUACUGGUUAAUCAAAUGUGGUAUAUUAUGUCGAAAAAAGUUUUGGAAAAGAGAACUCACUUCAGAGACGGCCAUCGCUGGCGGCAGUUCGUCCAGUCGGUGGUCAAGAAAGAAUACAACCAGGUUCGCAAACCAACCAUGCUGAUUCUGCAUAAACUGACCGAUUCCAAGCAGAUUGAAAUCGAGCAGAUGGGCUCUGCUCUUGGCGGCAAUCUCGAGUGGCUCGAGUUUUACACCUGCCCGGGCAUUGCCCCCACAGUCAGUCUUCUCCAAGGCAGCCGACUAACGAAGAUUGUACUACCCGGCUGUAGUCGAGUUACCGACCGCACGCUAUAUCAUAUUGCAGACAAAUGCCCCAGACUCGAAUAUCUUGAUCUGCGGGCCUGUGAGCAGGUCUCCGACAAAGGACUGAAAAUAAUCGCCAAGUACUGCCCAAAUCUUACUCUUAUCAACGUCGGGAGAACGAGUGGUGGCGAGCUUGUUACUUACAAGGGUAUCAAGCACCUUGCCCGGCAAACCCAGGUCAACACCCUCGGUCUUGCUGGCUGCGAGAUUGACGACCGUGCGAUCUGGGAGCUCGCACUGAACAGAGGAGUGCAUCUCCAGCGUCUCUCUCUAAACAAUUGUCGACUUUUGACGGACGCAUCUGUGCCUCGGAUCCUCAGCUACACUCCCAACCUGAGCGUCUUGGAGAUACGCGGCUGCACACAAAUUACCCACAUGCGACCGCUAGCUUUAUUUAAGCGGUAUCGCGAACGACAGGGCCACCCCCCACUAAUCGAAGGAUGUGAAAUCGUCGAACGACGGAUGCAAAUUGCCCUCAAUCGAUUGCGACAAGAAGUCUCUCGCCGCAUUCUGGCCGACUGUCAGGAAUGGGUUAAUAGCGCCGAUUAA